AUGACCUUGUCGACCGUGGAGCAUUGGCUCACGUUCCAUGUGCGCUCAUGCCUCAAGUCUAAGUUCCACAUCACCACGCUCCGUAAGGUUGCGUUUGUUAUCGCCCUAAUUUCUUGUGUGGCUUCAGGUCUCGUAACAAUCAUUUCGUUGUUCACGGAGCCUUGGCGCCAGCACAAACACUUCACCUCGCUGCAGAUCAACCUGAUUUCCAGCGCGGUAAAUCUAGGAGGCUACCUGACGCCACCGCUACUGGGCAUCCUUUCCGACUCUCAUGGACCCGUAAUCCUAAGUUGGAUGGCAGUCCUUGGGUUUGUACCGAGUUACGCCUACAGCUCCUACGCAUUCGACCACCCUGGCGCGCAUUUCGCCUUCACGCUUGUCGCAUUUGCUGCCAUUGGUGUUGCCACAAGUGCGCUUUUCUUUAGUGGCCUACUGACCUGCGCUAAGCUUUACCCAAGAUAUAAAUUCUUGUCUAUUAGCUGUCCUACUACCUUCUACGGUCUCUCGUCACUCCUGGCCUCCGAAGUCCUGAAGCAUCCCUGGUUCUCUAGGACAUAUGACCAUCUAGACCUAGGACGCGUGUUCCGCUCCUUUGCAUGGUUUUACGCUGUAGUUGGUACGCUAACUUGGGUCUCAACAAGCAUUGUCGCAAUGCUCAAAGAACCUGUGGAGCAGGAGGAGCACGAGCCGCUGUUACCUACCGACAGUCGCGUGCCUCCCGCUCAAGAUUACGUGGAGCGCAUGCGUCGUUUUGUUCGCGAUCCAAGCGCCUACUUGAUGAUGUUGGCUUUCUUCCUCACCAUUGGAGCCCUUGAAAUGUUUUUAGCCAACAUGGGCUCCCUAGCAGCAUUGGUCGCACCCAACAAUCGCGAUAUUCAGGCUCGCGUUCUCUCAUACUAUGCGCUCUGCUCCACACUCACUAGACUAUGUGUCGGGCUACUCGCAGACUUCUUUACAAAGUACAACCUGUCCCGCAUGUGGAUUCUGUACGGAAUGCUGCUGAUAGGCCUCAUAAGCCAGAUCCUGGUACCAAACAUUGGCCGCAGUAAGGCUUUAGUGACGCUUUCCAGCGCUCUAUCAGGAACAGCCUACGGAGGGCUGUUCACCAUAUUCCCUACUUUGACACUCAGCGUGUGGGGAGACGCGGUGUUUGGCACCGCUUAUGGAUGCUUCAUGGUUGCUCCGGCUAUCGGGUCGACUGUGUACGGCAUCGUGUACGCAAGAAUCUACGACACGCAGUGCUCAGUUGAGAACCCUAGCUCCACAUGCAUUAGGCCGGCGUUCUACGUUACUAGUAUCUCGUUUUUCGUCGCUCUUCUCACCAGCAUCACUAUAUAUGUUGGGUUCUGGAAACGGAGAGCAGUUGAAAUUUAA